AGACCAGAGUGCAUUUAUCACUCACACAAUUCACACGGAAUUUUCAUCUUUACACAAUUUUUUACCUAAAAUUGAGGUAGUUUUUUAAGCACUGUUUACCAAAAUAUGGAGCCUGGCCAGGGCGAGGAAGACGUUGACUUCCUGUUCGACAUUGUGGUCAAAAGCCUGGAUCUGUACAAGCCGGUGAAGGAGCCCGAAAAGUGCGAAGCGCAAGUUAAGUUUGCCGGCCUCAAUAUAAAACUUACACCGAGUAGGUUGAAUGUCAGCGACUUUGUGAGCAACAGAAGGACGGAGUUCACCACCAGACCUUCGGAGUUGCGAAAGGCCCUCGAGAACCAGGGAAUGCAGAUAGCAGCGCGUUACGAGGGAUCCUCCCUGGGCAGCAAUGUGGUGCUCUUCCCGGACACCUUCAUCGAUAAGAUAUGCGCCACCAUGAACGAUCUCUAUUACGAGGAUACCGUACUUUUGAUGCGCCGAACCGACUGCGUUGGUACUCUUACAUUUCUCCUAGUCCUGAUAGUCAAGUGCACAGACUUGGACAUAAUAAGAGAGGAACCGCGCAGAUCCAGCUCACGUCGGAGUUCGAGGAAGUCGUCCACAGUUGUGGUGAUCCCCAGAAAGCUGCCGGAAAAAGUGGCAUGCACAGGACUGGGACCCACUUUCAAUCCCCAGGAUGUGAUGUUUGUGGUCGGCGAUCCCGAUCCCCUGCUGAAGAUCCCCUCGGAGCCUUGUCCUGAACUUCCUUCAGAGGAGGGUGACAACCUUCUGGAGCUCGACUUGCAGCGCUAUAAGAGCUUAGAGAACCGCCGCGUGGUCUUUCCGGAUGACGACCCUUGCCCCAAGGAGAAGCCCUCCUUCAGCCAGCUAAAGAAGCUGACAGAUGACUACUCUAAGAUCAUUGGCUUGGUGACCGAUAAGCUGAAAAGAAUGGAAAUGUCCCGUUUGCCGGCGCCCACAGAGCCACCUUCGGAAAUUGAGGUUCCAACUCCAAUGGAACGCAAGGAAAUCCCCGAAGAGCGCUUUAUACCCGUUCCCCUGAGGGAUGACACCGAAUACGAUAUCAAGCCGAUUCGCUUUUGUCCUGUUUGCCUGUACCCCAUGUCCUGGCUGCCCAAGUAUAUACCUUGUCCCCGAUGCAACAUCAAACCACGUCCUGAGCUGGAAGGCCAUCCUAAGAAGCUGAUGACUGCGGAUGAAAUCUUGGAAGAGCUGCUGGUGAAGACUAAGCUACCUGAAGAUUCCGACGAGCUUUGCGUUAAAUCAUGCACAGUACCGAUAUUGCGGGUCAAGAAAAUUAAGAAAAAACAGAGUAAACCCGGAUUGGGACAACCAGUUCCGGACUCCGACUCCGAAUCCGACAUGGAAUGCCCUCCAUGCCGGUGUACUUGCAAGGAUGGAAAGUUUUGCGCGCAUUGUCACAUUCGCAAAAUAUGCGAGGACCUCUUCAAAGUUGAUGUGAUGAAGGUGCCAGAGGUUGAAAACCAGUUGGUAAUACCCCAACCAACUUUGAACGAGGAUUUCUGUGUGAUUCCCCAGCCCGUCGAUGAUCGUCCCUAUUUGACGAGGGUUUUAUCCGAGCUAAAGCAUCUGUACUCCCUGCACGACACCAAGAAACUGCUGGAGAUCGAGAAGCGCUGCGAGUCGCAGACACUACUCCCCUAUCGCUCGUCCAAAUCCUCUCUGGGCCGUAAGCAAUCCCAAAAUCUCUUGGAUCCCUACAUUUCAGGAGGCUCUCGCCGGACUGCGGGUCACAAGAGCUGCCUGCCGGCGGAGCAAUGCGUUUCUCGUCGCCACGGUUGGGAUUGGCCACGAACCAGGGAAGCCAGGAAGAACGGCUGGAGACCGGGAGCCAUUCUUCGGGCAGCUGGCCAGGUGAUGCGCUACUUCCUGCUGCCCAAGAAGGAGCGCGACCUGUGCCGCAGGAUUGCUGAUGACCAGGAGGAGCGGGAAAGAAAAGCACUGCCUCUCCUAAAUAUUUACAAAAAGGGCGGAGUGAUCUUCGUCACCCUCCGCGCCCUUUCCACUCUGGACAUGCAACGAAAACCCAUUACCUUCCGGAUCGUGAAAAGCGAUUUGGCGGUGGCCCUACGGCAGAUCAAGCGAGCUCUAAAGGAUCAGGGCUUCCGCAAGUGCACCUGUCACAAGUCCCUGAUGCUCUGCACCUGUCGCGAUGCCCUGGAGAAGAUCGAAUUGAAUAGGGCCCUCAAAAUAGAGUGCCAGCGACGCAUCAUGGAACCCUGUCCCGAGCACCUGGUGCUCACCGAUACCAGUGUCAGCGACUUGGAGUUCGAUCUCCAUGUGAAUCCUCCGGCGGAAUCUAGAAAACCCAAGGAGAAAGCCCUACGCAAUGUGGUGAAUCAUGGCACCCAGACGGAGAGGGGGAUACCAGUUAUAGAACCCAAGUACCCAGUGCCCGAUGGUCCCUAUUGGAAGGCCUUCGACUGUGCAGCCGGCGAUCGCUAUAUGGGCACAGCCUUUGGAGACAAUAUAGAAACCGUUUUUGAGGAUGGAAUCUACGGUUAGAAAGCCCCGGUUCGGCGAGAUUCUAGGGUUUGAGGAAAGCGAUCCGGAGCACCCAUGCCAAUAGGAACCGCUCCCGAUACCAUCGAUUUCUCUAGAUUCACUAGAACUGUGUGGAAGACACUUCCGAAAAAAAUUGUUCAUCAAAUGCGCACCAAUCGAAAACUGUAAGACAUUUAACAAUAAAUUGUAUCUAAUGUUAUCAUUUAAA